ACCGCCGUCUGUUUUUACUUCCCGGCGCUGUGAGGGACAGCGAGCCGUCGGGGCGGGGUUGGAGGUUUCGGAGGCUUUUGGUCAGCCGUUACGAAACAGCAGUGCCUACACGUGUCUGUUUUCUGCUCAUCUUUUUGUCCCCACAAACAAAUAAUCUGUUGAGGAUAGCUGCCUUUCCUGACAUUGCUAGGAGAUGGUGAGAAGAAGGAAAGGCGAUACGAAACCUUAUAUCCGUCUUGGAAAAGUUGUGACAGACUGGAAACUUUAGAAAAGUGCUAAAUAGAUCAACGGGGCCAAACAAUGAUAUUCAGAGACUUUUUUGUUUGUUUUAAGAAUAGAAACAAUUAUUGCAUAACACAGCGUGCUGCCAAUGUCUGUAACUCAUUGCUGACUUGGAUGCUGCUAUUUCUCUCACACUGAUCGUCUCGACUUGCAUCUCUUUUGGUAACCAAAGCAGAUGAAAUGCUUUUCUCCAGUGAUUAAACUCAGAGCAUCUGAAAUUCAAAAGGAACAAUAGCACAGCACUGAGUUGCUCCACGAGCCCUAGCGUAACCUGAAUCAUCAGAUUCAUUCCUAGGAGCACAUUAGAAGAAUAGAUUGAAUGCAUUGCCUUUUGUCUGCCUUAGAUAAAAAAGAUCUGUCUGUAUCUGCAGCUCUGUAAGCAACUACAGCAUAGAGUCAUGAUGGCAACUCUCAGUGAACUGGUAAAGGAUACUAAAAGAAAAUUCUUCCAUGUUUUUCUCCUCUUUGUUCAGCAUAACGUUUUCCAUCAGUUAGUUAGCUGCAGAGUCCUAGCAUUUGAUGCCAGAUGAAAUGAUCUGAAGCUGAAUAUCACCUAUAACUGCCAUCUUAUUUCGUGUUGCUCUGCAGUCCUCGCUCUCAGCUUCCUACAGAUGUGAAGUGGGGUUGGAACUAGAUGUUCUUCAAGGACCCUUUGAACCCAAGUCGUUCUAUAAAUAGGUUCACAAAAUAUAUAGAAAGCUGUUCAGGAAAACCUGUUUCAAAGUGAUUCAGUCACAGAAGGAUGCCAAAGGAAGCCCUCCCCUCACCAAAGCAGGGAGCUCCGGCACCGGUGGUUUGACCGCAGCUGUUUGAUGCUUCUGGAGACGGCUUCUUCGCUCAGAAAAGUGUGGCAACAGUGACACCCUGUGGUGAGCACGAGAAAAUGCAGUUAAAAUCAAUUUUCACAGGUUUUCUUCGCUUUCAUCCAUCGUGUCAUACAGAAAGGUAUAAAAGAAACCCGGAUUUAGGUAUUUCAAAGCAGAGUUUCAUCCUGAUUGAUCUACAGAGAAGAGCCUCACCAAGGUACCUCCAAGCUGUGAUUUUUACUUUCCACAGAAUUAACAGUUUCAGAUAAGAAGCUACCUAUAUAUAGUACAAAUAGGUUGGCAGUGUGGAUAUCCUCUGUAGGGCAUCCUUUUAACAGGAACUGAAGGAACAGUAUAUAAAAAAAGCUAUCUUAACUUUGAAACUUUGAUGCUCAACAGAUGGAGGAGCAAAUACUAAGGUACAUGAAAGGAUUGAGCAAAAGCCUUUUUUGGCUCAGAUAACAUUUUUUGCUCAUUUUUUCCCUCCUUUUCACCUAGACACACUAAAAAUAAUUGAAGAAUUGAGAUUCAGGCUUUUCAAGACAGUCAGAGCUAUGUUUUAACUUGUGGAGUCACAAUCCCUCAAGGUGUUCAAGAACUGCGUGGCUGUGGCACUGAGGGACAUGGAUGGUGGGCAUGGUGGGGGUGGGCUGACAGUUGGACCAGAUGAUCUUAGUGGUCUUUUCCAACCUUAAUUAUUCUAUGAAUCUAUUAAUUAUAAGCAGAAUUAGCUACCAUCGUCUUUGUUCCUGUGAAUUCAGAGACAUGAAAAACAGGGCAAGAGCAUUUGUUCUGCCCACAAAAGAUAUAGCUGGAGUAAGGGUUGCCCUCACCUCUGAACAGUUUCUGAAUUAUUUAGUGUUCAGCCUUCCUGCUCCAGCAAUGGAUUCACUCAGAGCUUGUUUCAUCUGCUUUUACUUUCUUUUCUUUCUUACAUAGAAUUGCAAUUGCACCCAUGUAUUAUUUAUUGGAAUAUUAUGCCUUUAUAGUACAGCUGUGGGUGGAUCGGACUCUGCAGGCAUCUUCUGCACCUCCAUGAUUGGAACAAGUGGCAGGGAGAAAGAAAAUAAAUAGACUUGUGUUCAUUACCAGGGGUAUGAGAAUGAAACAGAUCGUCCGUACCGCUCGUUCAGCCUCAGAGAAGGAGAGGAGCAGCAAAGGCAGAGAAAGACAACAGAUUCAAGGGGCAAUUCAUGGCACACAUUGGCACAUCACAAAAUACCCACUGUGCUGAUCUUACAGCCCAAGGCAAUAUAGGAGGAAGGUUUCCUCAGAUUGGAGGAGAAAUAGGUUAAGGAGCCAGGCACCAAUUUAACUGCUUUAAGGAAAAGGACUUGGGCUGCAGGAUUAGGAUCACUGCACUCCUUAUCGUAGUUCUCUUUUUCUAUUUCUAUAUUCUGGCAGUCCCAGUACCUCCCAGCCCCAGCUGUAUGGGAUGUGCUUCAGCCUUUUCUCAUAGGAACACUGCCAAAGUUGUCUGUAGGUCCAGAUGGCCACCUCCCUGUGCUGCAGUGCUGGGCUUGUCCCAGCAGUGGUGGCACGUGACAUGGAGCUGUCAGACACAGCAGCACCCAGGAAAUUACAUCUCCUGCUGAUGCAUGGAGAAAAGCACAUAAAUCACAUUUCCUUCUUUGUGCCCAGGGGAGGGUAGCUGGGGAGCAUUGCUCUGUUCUGCAGAUUUAUGGCUGCUUCAGCACAGCGUGCCUUCAAGCAGCUGUAAGGCAAGAAACCCACCGGAUGGGGGUACCAUCCACUUUGCCAGGCUCUGCUGGCUGCCACCUGCUGCUCUUGCACAAGCAGCUCUGCUGUUUCAGCAGCCCUUUUCUGCCUCUGGUGUGUAAGUUUGAGUGGUGCCAUCUUGGUAAACUUUUUUCUAUGUUUAACAGAGAUUUCCUUCCCCACCCCCAGUGACACAGGGCUGACUGCCUUACUUACGGAAAUCAAAACGUAGUGAGCAUCUUGAUGCAAUAAGUUUUAUAGAUGUUCGUGCUGGUCAUAUUUCUACCAAACACUAAAACUCCUGUCUGCAUGCAUCUCUUUAAAUCCAUCACCACCGUGCAGCAGGUCGUGAAAACCAACGCUGAACUGAGAUUUGUGUUGUGCGGUCGCAAGACUGCAAACUGUCGGUUGUCUUGUGGCUCAUGUUGAAAUCCACACCCCUGAGCUGUGAUUCAGCACAUUCCCAGAGCAGCCCGGGUUUCCUCCUGUCCGGCUGGGGGUGGAUUUCCCCUCGAGAAGCCAAUGAACAAAAGCUGGUGUAUUCCUGCCCCGCUGAGAGGAAGCGUGCAGUGCCGCCUGCCUGGCUCUUUUUGCAGGAUGCUGGUGGAGCUCGCAGAGAGCUGUGGGCGGGAUGGAGGCAGGAGGCAGCAGGGCGGGAGUGCAGAAGCCGCAGUUCUGGGCUGUGCUCCUUGGCUCCGCUCCAUGCCUCUGAAAUAACAGCUCUGCCUUGGUCUGCGUGGAGAAGCCAAGGCCGGCUGCCUGUUUCCUCCUUCAGCAAACCUAAGGGAGGUAGGACAGAGUGCUCUGCUAUUAACUGAUAUUAUCCAUUAACUGAUAUUAUUAUUUUAGCUAUAUUUUUUGCACUGGCUGCAGCAGUGUCUCGAUGGGGAAGCUGUUCUCCAAAGGCUGGCGCAAAAGGGACGCGCGUGUGGUCAUGCUGGGCCUCGACCUCGCUGGGAAAUCCACCAUCCUGUACCAGCUGAAGGGCGGCCAGGCCAUGGAGACGUGCCCAACCGUGGGCUUCAAUGUGGAGGCCAUGCGGACGCCCUGUGGCAUGUCCUUCAACCUCUGGGACGUUGGGGGACAGCCCAACCUCCGGGCCAGCUGGCACCACUACCUGGAGGACACCAACAUCCUGGUCUUUGUGCUAGACAGCGCAGACACGGCUCGGCUGCCUGAAGCGUUGGCGGUGCUGGAGGAGACCCUGGGCCACCCUGGUCUUGCUGAAGUCCCUGUCCUCCUCCUGGCCAACAAGCAGGAGCUGCCAGGGGCCAUGGCUCCCGCCGAGCUGGGACAGCAACUGUGCAGGGGACGGCUGGCAGGGCACCCAUGGAUGCUGAGGGGAUGCAGUGCCCACACUGGGCAGGGCUUGCAAGACAUCCUGGGGGUGCUGGGGGAGUUGCUCAGGGGCACGAGGCAGGGAUCCCUCGCUCCAAAGCAGCCCCUCAGCUGAACCAUGGGAUUCUGCUUUGCCAAAGGUGUCUACAAGAGACAGAUGGGUUUUGUUUUCCUCCCAGCUCCACGCUACUAUCCUGGUGGAGCAGGACUUGCAGCAGCUGUUCUGCUGUGGGUAUGAUCUUCAGCCAUGGAAGUCAAUCAGGAUUAGUGCUGAUGGACAAUGUGCGUGUAUUAAUUCCUUGUUCCCUGGGGUUUGGAACUAGAGGACUUUAAGAACCUUUCCAACCAAAGACAUUCUGUGAUUCUUGUUUUGGUUCAUUCUUUCCUUCUGUUAUUUUUAG